AUGAGUGUUAAAGUAUAAUUAAUACAUUAACAAUGGGAUGAUAUUAGGAAGGUCUUAAGGGCCACUUAAAGAAAACUCACAACUAGUAAUAAUCUUUCACUUACAAAUUGUGCUCAUACUAAUAAAAGCAAUGAUCAAGUGUAAAAAGAAGCAAAUUUUUCUGAUAAUGAGUAGGAUUUUUAUAAUAGCAACCCCAAUGCCCUUUUAUUAUUAAAAGAUACUUGUCGAAGUGUAUUAAUUCGAUUAAUUUUUAGACACAAGGCGAAAGUUUUAUUUGAGCUAAAAAAGAAGAGAACUCUCUUCUUAAAAUGAUUAAGAAUUUUAUAGUUAAUUAUAGAGUAGAAGAGAACAAGCAUAAAAACAAAGAAUUCUUUACAGUAAUAUUACUAAUUUUGAAAAAGCAAUAAAAUAAAUAACAACUCCAAAAUUAAGUUUAACAAGACCUUCUACAAGAGUGAGAUAAAAUAGUUAAGAGAUAUAAUUAAACAAAAUUAAAUAAAAUUAUAUAGAUUCAAAUAAAAAUAAUAAAGCAAAUCCUAAUGAAAUUCAAUAUUAUAAUCUUAGCAGUGAUAAAAAACAUGUUAAAAAGAAUUCUAACAAUUUUUGGCAUAGAAUAAAAACACCAGCAUUAGAUAAUAAAGAUAAUAUCACAUAAAUUUUAAAAAAAAGAUUCAAAAAGAAAAAUGAUUUAUCUCUAGAUAUCUGUUGUUUCAAUUAUGAAUCGUUGAGAUUAUUAAAUUAAUCAAAGACUCCUACUCUGUAUUAUUAGUGA